UCCAGGCUUUAUGAACCAGAUUUCCCAUUCCCGUUUUGUGUGCUACCAUCCGAAUAUCUAGUGCCUGCAACCCUGCCGCCUCUCCUGGAGUGGAGGGGCAAUCCGCCCCAGGGGAAAAAAUAAUGAAAAACAGGGGCGAGAGAGGAACAAAAGGUCGAAAAAGAGCACUAAUAACGGGAACAGUACCCACUGACUUAAGUUGUUGCUCAGAUGCAUUGAAGUCCAUCUACUUCUAUGCUCCUGGCAACCACAAAUCCCCGACUGGCCAACAUAGUACACAGCCGUAUAGAAGGCCUAGACUCUAGCUGCUUUCUUGGCUUGGCUUGGUCCGGCGGUCAAGAUUGUGCCGCUCCCAACUUCUCCUCCGUUCUUCGUACGAUGUAGCAUCUGGCGUCGCCCGCCAUGGAAACUAACUCAGGCCGGGCCAGCGUUAGCUCGAGACGCUCUGUAGAUGCCGCUCCGCUCUACGGUUCCCCGUUGUCGCCACCGCAGCAGCCACAAGAGAGCUCCUUAUCCACCUCCCGCUCUCGGCCUUCCUGGUCCACCUCCCAUUCCCGCGACCUCUCCUCCUCCUCCUCUGCCUCAUUUACCAUCCCGACCCGGAAAAGCAGGCAUGCAGAGGCAGACACGACAGAGACCCACGCCGAGCGAGCCAGCCUAUCAAUGCCUCCGCCCAUCUCGCGGCCCCAAACCAAACAGCCCCAGGCAUUGAAGAGUCCUCGGUCGUCUCUUUCGCACAGCCGAAGUGAAUCGAUAACCUCGGAUUACUGGAACGAGGAUAUCGCGAUGGUGAAAGGGCUCCCCCCUCCCAGCUCGCUCUGCCAGAGGGAUUUCGCCAUAGAAGCCGACGACGUCGACACGCCCCGUCUGAUGCCCGGCUCAUACCCGGAGUCACCCCAGGCUCAGCAACGCAAUCUUCCCGAACCGGCGCUGAUGAGCAGCCGCUCGUCCUUCUCCGAUGCCGACCCCAGCAAACGCGUGAGCGUGGGCUCCGUAUACAGCCUAACCUCGGCGCGAGGCGUGCCCACCUCGGGUUCCUCCGUGGGCGGGAGCGACGGCAAUAGCGUCAACGGCACCGGAGCCGUACAGAGGUCCGUGUCCGGACUGAUGACUCCGCCGGGGGGGAGAGGACUGAGCUCCGCCGCCCAGUCGGAGGCGGGCUUGUCUAACAUCACGGUGACCACCGGGAGCCAGAGCUCUGCGACCGGGCAUCAUCUAGCCCCGCGCGAGUCGUAUGUUCCCCACCUAAACGAAGUGGUCAAGCGAAACCCCCCAUCGGCGGCGCCUGCAAGAGGGGCCGAUCCUACGAGCGCGCCGCGGCCCCAGCCAACCAGAUCACGGAGCCGGGCCAAGCGGAGGUUCAGCGGAGGAAGCACUGCGGCUAGUAGCCACAGUCCCAGCAGCGACCGGGCACUGCACAGAGGGGAGAGAGAGGAGAUCAAGCCGGCGCCAUGGGGCGUCAUCGGUGUCUGCGCAUUGGAUAUCAAGGCAAGAAGCAAACCAAGCAGGAAUAUCCUGAACCGGCUCAUUGCGAACCGCGACUUUGACGUCUGUGUCUUCGGAGACAAGGUCAUUCUUGACGAAGAGAUCGAAAACUGGCCCAUGUGCGAUUACUUGAUAUCCUUCUACUCCGAUGGCUUCCCCUUGGACAAAGCCAUUGCCUACGUCAAAGCCCGGAAGCCGUUUUGUGUCAAUGACGUCCCCAUGCAGAAAAUCCUCUGGGACAGGCGCCUGUGCCUCUGGCUCCUCGACGGAAUCGGCGUCCCAACCCCGCAGCGCUUGGAAGUCAACCGGGAUGGCGGGCCCAAGGUCCUCACGCCGGACGUUGCCAAGCACGUCAAGGAAACCAGCGGCAUCCCUUUCGAGCCUACGAGCCAGAUUCAAAUGCAAGCACCCAAAAGGGUUGAGCUCCUCGACGACGGUGAUGUGCUGUCGGUCGACGGCAUCCAGCUCAAGAAGCCCUUCGUAGAGAAGCCGACGAGCGGCGAGGAUCACAAUAUCAUCAUCUACUUCCCCCAGUCGGCGGGCGGCGGGGCGCGGAAGCUCUUCCGCAAGAUCGGCAACAAGAGCAGCGAGUUCGUGCCGGACCUCGUUGUGCCUCGCGCCAUCUCACAACCAAGCGAGAGUUUCAUCUACGAGAAGUUCAUGAGGGUCGACAACGCCGAAGACGUCAAGGCCUAUACCGUGGGGCCGUCGUACUGCCACGCAGAAACUCGCAAGUCGCCCGUCGUCGACGGCGUUGUGCGGCGCAACACCCACGGCAAGGAGGUCCGCUACGUGACCGGCCUGAGCGCCGACGAAAAGGAGAUCGCAAGCAAGAUUUCCACUGCCUUUGGGCAGCGCGUCUGCGGGUUCGACUUCCUCCGAGCCGGAGGCAAGAGCUACGUGAUCGACGUCAACGGCUGGAGCUUCGUGAAGGAUAACGACGAGUACUACGAUCAAUGCGCCAGCAUUCUGAAGGACAUGUUCAUCAAGGAGAGGUUGCGGAGAGGCGGCCCGACCCCACCGAUGCCCUCACCUGCUCCCUCGGAAAUCGAUCCCACGACGGCGCGCUCGUCGUUGUUAAGCAAGGACAAGGAGCCUAGUGCUGGUCUUGGGAUCCAAGGCAGAGCUCCCAGCGGCCCGUCCUCCGCCCCGUCCGCCUCGGUCGUGGAAGGCCCUUCAGAACCACAACCGUUGCAGACGGAACUUGGAACCUCGGUGAAAUCAGAGAGCGGCCUGAGUUCAAAAGUGCAGAGCAGCGGUACGAGUCCCCUGUUAACUCAGGGGUCGGUGGUCGAGAGCGUGCCGUCCACGGCGCCGUCUACAGUUCCGGCAACCCCUCGCGUCCUGUCAAAGGUAUGCAUUAGCGAGGAGAAUGGUCGGGACCAGACGCCGCCCCCGCCACCGCCCCCGAAACACUCUUGGAAGUUGAAGGGUAUGGUGUCCGUCAUCCGGCAUGCAGACCGUACCCCGAAGCAAAAGUACAAAUUCACCUUCCACACGGAACCUUUCAUCGAGCUACUCAAGGGCCAUCAGGAGGAGGUACUCUUGAUUGGCGAGGCAGCUCUUGGAAGUGUGAUAGAUGCGGUGGACCUGGCAAUGAUUGCCGGUGUUGAGGAUAGGGGCAAGCUCCGGGCGCUGCGAAAUGUGCUAGUGAAGAAGGGCGGCUGGGCGGGCACGAAGGUGCAGAUCAAGCCAAUGUUCCGGAAGAAGAAGACCGAGGAGCUGACUGCCCUCGAGGAGAAGGCCGUCAUGUCCGAGAACGAGAAGUCUCCCGUCUUGACACACAGGCAGUUGGGGGAUAAGAGUGAUGACAGUUCCAAGGAGGAUGCGGCCAAACAGCGCCAGCCCAAGCGCCAUGACUCCCUAUCCGGCGUAACCAUGUCCAAGUUCACGGCAGCAGAGAACAGUCUUGUUCUGGAUAAGCUCCAGCUGAUCGUCAAAUGGGGUGGUGAGCCAACACACUCGGCGAGGUACCAGUCGCAGGAGCUCGGCGACAACAUGCGCAACGAUCUGCUCCUCCUCAACCGGGACAUCCUCGACGAGGUCCACGUCUACACCAGCAGCGAGCGGAGAGUCACAACAAGUGCACAUAUCUGGGCCGCCAGCUUCUUGGGCCAGAAGGAUGUGCCGGAGGACUUCAUCACGGUCCGCAAGGACUUACUGGACGACUCGAACGCCGCCAAGGAUGAGAUGGACAAGGUGAAGAAGAAGCUCAAGGGGCUGCUGCGCAAGGGGAACGAGCGCCCGCCGCAGUUCGCGUGGCCGGAGAACAUGCCCGAGCCUUCGGAAGUGCAGACGCGUGUGGCGCAGCUCAUGAACUACCACCGGCGGGUGAUGCACUACAACUACGGCAAGCUAUACAGCGGCGCCGUCAACUCCCUGAACGCCAUAUCCAACCCGGGCGGGGAAAAGACCACGGUCGAGGGCGGCUCUAACUCGUCCCUGGCCUCGUCCCUGGCCUCGUCGCUCUCCCAGGCCAACGCGGUAAACAGCAUCCAGGCUCGUUGGUGCUGCGGUGAAGAUGCCGAGCUGUUCCGUGAGAGGUGGGAGAAAUUGUUCACCGAGUUCUGCGACGGGGACAAGGUGGAUCCCAGCAAGAUCUCGGAGCUAUACGACACGAUGAAGUUCGAUGCCUUGCACAACCGCCAGUUUCUCGAGUGGGUGUUCACGCCGCCAAAGAGCAUGCUCGAGGAGGAGUACGGAAUCUUGUUUUCCGGCGGGAGCGGCAAAGAGGGCAAGACGAGUCCGCAGGCUUCAGCUUCGAAGAAGGAAACCGAGGAUGGUGGUGCAUCAGGGGUGAAGGCUCCGGAUGACCCCAAGGCGGAGAAGGGCCAACCCGGCGCCUUGAUAGAGAAGAUUGACAAGUCGGAUGCGAACAAAGCCGUCAAGCGUAUCUUCCGUCGCCGGUCGUGGAUGAACGGACUCCGCCACGCAGAGGAAGCUCCUCCCGAGCAGUACUUCCAUCUGUUCAAGGGGACACAUCAGACAAAGGCCAAGACAGACGCCAAGUUCGAACCGCUGAGGGAACUAUAUCAGCUUGCCAAAGUGCUUUUCGACUUCAUCUGCCCGCAGGAGUAUGGUAUAUCGGACAGCGAAAAGCUCGAAAUCGGACUUCUAACCUCCCUCCCCCUGCUGAAGGAGAUUGUGCAGGACCUCGAAGAAAUGCAGGCGUCGGACGAGGCGAAGGGGUUCUUCUACUUCACCAAGGAAUCGCACAUCUACACGCUGCUCAACUGCAUCCUAGAGGGCGGCAUCGAGACCAAGAUCAAGCGCAGCACCAUCCCCGAGCUCGACUACCUCUCCCAGAUCUGCUUCGAGCUGUACGAGUCCGAGACCAAGAUACCGGCGAACCCGGCCACCGGCACCGACGAGACCCCGAGCUUUGCCUACAGCAUCCGCAUCACCAUCAGCCCCGGAUGCCACGUCUUCGACCCGCUGGACGUCCAGCUCGACAGCAAGCACUGCAUUGGGUGCGCGCCGCGCCGGAGCCUGACCCCUCACGGAGACUGGAAGCAGGUCAUCGAGACCCUGAGGGCAAAGUUCCAUCAAGUAAAGCUGCCCAAGACGUUCCUUGCAGUCAACCUGUCGGAGGCGUUCUCGUUUCAGGAAAGGCAGAACAGCGACCACGAGUUGCUGGAGAUGAAGGGUCUCGAACGCGCGACGGCGUCGGCGACUCCUCUCGCUGGGGAAGAAGGUGGUGCCAUUCAGCAGCCGGCACAGGUCGGCGACCCCCCAGAGGCGGGCCAACAAGUAGAGGAGAUGACACCAGGCAAAAGCUAACCAGGGCUGGCGCGCCGGCUUACUGCCAGCCUCGAGGCGAAAGGGUGGUGGGGAGGGGGCGGCCGGGCGAGGCGGGCUUUUCCACCCAGGGAUAACAUGACGUUUGUGAGGGUUGGGAUCGGGAACACGGCGAGCAUCGUCAUUCGUGAGGCCCAACUCGAACUCGUCAUAGCUGAGGAAGUCGAACAUUUGUCACACCAUCUAGGUGCUCAAACUCGGUGUAAAUCCUGUGUAAUUGACCACCUCAGAAAAGGGGACGUUCAGUAAGUAGGUAGAUAAUAUUAUUUACGGCUACGCGGCCCGUGCCUUGUUCGUCCAAGCCCCAAGUUCAUGUAUAAUACAACCAAAAAGGGACUCGCACGGCUCCCCGAAAUGGUAGAAGGGAUUGCCUCGGUGCUGCGUCAGAAAGUCCCUGACAUGGGGAACGUCGAUCAUCCAUCGUGGUCAAUGC